GAGUAAACGAUUAAACAGAAACCAUCUGCAGAAAAAUGCUCUGAUAAACAGUGAAAGAUUCCUGCUGCUGACCUCCAUGUGGCUUCAUGAAAGUUUCUUCUGGAUAGAGGAAGAUCCUGUAUGGCAAAGUCCCGCCAUUCUCUGCGAUAACCUCCACCAAUCGUUACCAGUACAAUAAUCUGGAGGAGUUUGGGACUAUUCCUCUAUACCACACGUGUCAAAGUCAAGGCCCGGGGGCCGGAUCCGGCCCUCCAGACUCUACUUCCGGGUUCCUCCUGAUGGGAAAUCUGACACCACAGCUCCAUCUAGCGGCGAAUGUCGGAACUGUUUUUGUUUUCCCCAACAUGGCCGCUCCCGCGCGAGCAAGAAAAGCCCGCUGACCAUGAAGGAAAUCAGCUCCGCCGCGGACCGGAAGGAGUUCUCUCAGCUCCUUCUCCAGGUGGAGAAGAUCUCUGCGGGGAGAAGCUUCGGGGAUGUCGAGGUUCUCCUCAACAAACUGAAGAUGUUCCGAGUCACCGCGGAGGAGCUGGAGAGCACCGGGCUGGAGACGGUUCUGCUCGGGCUGCUGAGGAGCAGCGAGGAUCUGAGCCUCAGGGAGAAGCUCCGGGGCUUGUUGACGAGGUGGAGGAGGCGCAGCAGCAAAGGAGGAGGAUGGGUGAAGGGUCAGCUGAGCAGCACAGGUUCUCCUCCAGGCUCUGGGGAGGCCGGGUCACCAGCAGAUCCAGAAAAAACAGAGUUGGAAGCUUCCCAGGAAGAACCAGAGAGGAGACCUGAAUCCCUAGACCCUGCUAGAACCAAAUGUGUCCAGCUUCUCCUCACAGCCCUCCUCCCUGAUCUCCCUGAUCAGGACCGGGCCAGAGAGCUGGCUGGAGCCAUAGAGGAGCACAUCCAUCAGCUCCACAAAUCCAACCAGCUCAGGUACAAGAACUGUGUGAGGAGCAAGGUGGCAAACCUGAGGAACCCCAAGAACCCUCACCUCCGCCGUGGCCUCCUGAGUGGCUCCCUGCUCCCCAACACCUUCGCCUGCAUGUCAGCGGAGGAGAUGGCCGGCCCAGAGCUGCGGAGCCUGCGGCAGGAGAUCUGCAAGCGGGGCGUGAGCGAGAGGCAGCUCCCCCAGCCGGCGGAGGGGACUCCCACGCAGAAGAUCCGGUGCCGGAGGUGCGGGGGGUCCGACUGCAGGGUGACCCAGGUGUCUAGGGGGGCGCUCUUCCUGCCUGCGUGGGUGAGGCGGGGGGGCCCUGACGAGGACGCCAUGACGUUUGUGACCUGCAGCGUCUGCGGGCAGCAGUGGUACCACAGCAGCUGGAACUGCCUGUAGCUCCAGAGGUCAAAAGCAGUAACUGACAGGAGUCUCCAGCAUGUUCUCCUGCUCCUCUGACUGUCAAUGAGGCUAAAAUCAGCUUUUAUUUUGAAAUGAGGAAGCUUUUUUCUGGUUCUUUGGUUGAAACAUCUUGAGCUUAAACUUCAAAUGUUCUCAUCGAUCCUUGAGCGUUCUCCGUUCUGAGGUAAAAGUGUGAAAGCAAACGACCACAUCAUGGGAAACUGAGGAGACAUGUGACCGCAGAGGAUCAUGGUCAUGUGAGUCCUCCCCCUCCUCCUGAGGUGAUGACUCCACAUCACUGUGAAAUCGCAUGGAAGGAAUCUGAAGAAUUUCAAAGAAAACAUGUUCUGUCUGAACCAAAAAGGAGAGCAGAACCAGAACAGACGUCUGUGCACCGUCAACAAGAGAAUUUUCUCCUCGUUGUUUCUCCUCGAACUCUGUGAAGAGUUGAAAAAUGUUCCCUAGAAAAACAUCAAAAUAAAUUCAGACGAUCAGAAUGAUGGCAUCUGUCCAAUCAAUUAUUCUUCUCAUCCAAAUGACAGUCUGUCCUGACACAUGUCCUCUCCGUCUUGUGACCCCAAACAGAGUUAUAAAUGUUCUGUGUGCAUUUUUAUAAACUUGAAGAUCAAAAUCAGACCCACACACUGAGAAUAAAUGUAUUUAUGACAAA